AUGUCCCAACACGACACAACAACACCUCAUUCACCACAAGAGCAAACAUUGCCAGAAACAAAAGACAAUUCGAACACACUCAACAACCAACCACAACCUUCUCAAAAGAAAUCGUCUAUUUUUAAAGAAUCAAAAUCGCCAUUUAAAGGGUUGUACGGCUCAACACCACUUUUCCAAAACUUGGAGUAUAACAACUUAACUCGUGACUUGCGAGAAAAAUACGGAAAGGGGAUUGUUUUAAAGGGUGAUAAGAAUGCAGACAAUGACAUGGAUGUGAGCGAAGCAAUCAAUAUUUUAGUCACAAUGGUGGUUUGUGCAAUGGCGUUAGGGUUUGUUGGGUAUGGAUAUGGUGGUGUUGUAUACGCAGGGCUUGGCGCUGCAAUAGGAAUUUUUCUUGGAAUGAUUGCUGACACGUUGCUCGUCAUCAUUUACUCGAGCGACAUGUACAAGAAAAAACAUCAGAAACAGAAGAACCUUAAAAUCCAGCCAAAGCGUCCGCAAAAUCCAAACAAUAACGAACACCCAAAAACAGACUGA